AUGGCAAAAGAACUUCCCGGAGAGCCCGGGAAGGAGAGGAAGGUGUGGAAGAAGAGUAACCGUGGUGACCGCAAGCAGAAGCGCCUCUCAGAGGUCCAGGAGAUAGCUCUACUGGAGGAGUGGAUCGAGGCGCAGAAGCCCGACAAUGGAACGAACCCGCUCUCCUUCCCCCACCCUCCCGCCGAUGCCGCAGUUGGCCGCACCGCCGAUGGGGAGUUCUCCACCUAUGCGGGUUGCAAAUGGUUCAGACAGCUACCGCUGUCUCAGAAAACCAAGGACGGAUUGAAGCCCAAGUACGUGGAGAUGAGCGACAUCCAGCGGGCGUCCCUCCCCCACUCGCUCUGCGGCCGUGACGUUCUUGGCGCCGCAAAAACAGGGUCAGGGAAAACCCUGGCCUUCAUCAUCCCGGUGCGAAUCAACCCGUUUGUUCCUUGACACUAGACUCAGAUACAUCCGAAAAUUGCAUUUUUUUUGUGUAUGGAGCACGACCGCUCUGAAGUCGGAGUUUAUAAUUUGGUGUGGCGGUAUGGUGCCUUGUUCACCAUGAUUGAAAAUUAAAAGCUUGGGAGUGUUUUCAGGUUAUAGAGAAGCUGUACAGGUUAAGAUGGGGUGUUCAUGAUGGAGUUGGCAGCAUCAUAAUAUCGCCCACAAAGGAGUUGGCUGGUCAACUUUUUCAGGAGCUGCGGACCGUGGGCAAGCACCAUACUCUGAGCGCAGGCCUCUUGAUUGGUGGUCGCAAAGAUGUGGAGACAGAGAAAGAGCGCGUCAACAGUAUGAACAUACUAAUCUGCACCCCCGGUCGACUCCUCCAGCACAUGGACGAGACUCCCAAUUUUGAUUGUUCACAGCUUCAGGUCUAGAUCCGAACCCAUUCUUCCAGAUGUUCUAUAGAUGCUGGAUUGAAUUUUUCGUAUGAUUUCCGAUUUAAUGUGCCUGGUAGUUCGAUAGGUUUAUCAUUUCAUAACUGACGCUGAAUUGGUGAUUUCUUAUCAUUUCUGAUUUCAUGGUCUUGGUUAUGCGACAGGUUUUUCAUUUUUCAAUUGACGCUUGAUUGAUUAUUUCUUGUUGUUUCAGAUUUCUCGUUCUUGUUCAUGCGACAGGCUUAUGAAUUCAUAAAUUGACGCUGGAUUGAUUAUUUCUUAUCAUUUCGGAUUUCCAUGUUCUGGGUCAUGUGGCAGGUGUUGGUACUUGAUGAGGCGGAUCGGAUUCUUGAUGCAGGAUUCAGGAAGGAAUUAGACGCAAUAAUCUCCCAGCUUCCGAAGAAGCGUCAGACGCUGCUUUUCUCGGCGACACAAACGAAAUCAGUCAAGGAUCUGGCCAGGCUCAGCUUGAAGGACCCAGAGUAUAUCAGUGUGCAUGCUGAGAGCGAAACCGCCACGCCUGAACACCUGAAUCAGGUUGCUAUGGAAGUUCCCCUUGAGCAGAAGUUGGACAUGCUGUGGAGCUUCAUCAAGUCUCAUCUUAACUCCAAGAUGCUCAUCUUCCUCUCAAGUUGCAAGCAGGUUCAUUAAGCAUUCCGUCUUUUACACAUAAUUUAUGCACAAACUGAAUUUCGGGUGAUGUCAUCGAAGAAAUAACAGAAUUUAAUUAUUCUGCUGAAACGGAAUCCCUGGUGACAACAAUUUCCGAAAGCUUUCUUCUGAACCUGCUCUUGUUGACUUGUGUUAUGAACCAAGCAUGCAGUCAAUGUAAUAAAAAACGUAGAAGGUUUUAUCUCAUGAACUUUGAAGUGGGCCCGGUGGUGGGGGCUUUGUUUCUCCUGUUUGGUUAUUUACUGAGUUGACUUUGAUGAGUAGGUUCUAUUUCAUGUAUGUUGAGGCAUUUUACCACUCGAAUCUUGCCAUUCGAUGUUGUCAUUUCCAUUUUUGAUGUGGGUGUGAAGAGAGAAAAAAAUCAUCUUUCUUUCCUGUUACUACAGUGGGUUUUAAUCAUCUUCGUGUUGAUGUCAAUUAAUUUCGAGUGUUGGUUUUGCUAGGUUAAAUUCGUGUAUGAAUCAUUCAGAAAGCUGCGCCCUGGAAUUCCUUUACUGUGUCUUCACGGACGGAUGAGACAAGAUGUGAGGAUGGCCAUCUAUGCUCAGUUCUGUGAGAAGCGGGCGUGCCUGUUUUCAACUGAUGUGGCAUCCAGAGGACUCGAUUUCCCUGCUGUUGACUGGGUGAUCCAGGUCAACCUCUCACAUUGUUCCCCGAGUCUUCUCUAGAUUAAGAUUAUAUUAUAUUAAAUCCCAUUUUAAUCGGUUCCUACUGGGUCAGGUUGACUGCCCUGAGGACAUUGGAGCAUAUAUCCAUAGAGUUGGCCGCACAGCCCGGUUCACUUCUAAGGGGAAGUCAAUUCUCUUCUUUUCCCCUUCAGAGAAGGAGAUGAUCACCAAGCUCCAGAAUGCAGAACCUAAGAUACCAAUUCAGCUCAGAAAGGUACGAAUAACUCCUACGUAAUCUCAAUUUAUUUUUCUUAUAUCUCAAUUCAGCUAUUGCAAUGCACGGAUCUCCUCGGCUUAAAACCCUGGUAAUAUUUCUUCAUUUUUCUUUUGAAAAGGUGGGUUAUAAAUCAUAUACUCCUCUUCUCCUUUUCCAGGCAAAUAUGCAGAGAUUGCAGCCUAUUUCAGGACUGCUGGCGUCUCUCCUGGUGAAGUACCCCAACCUGCAGGCUCUGGCCCAGAGGGCCUUCAUCACAUACCUCAGGUCCAUACAUCAUCAGCAUGACAAGGAGGUCUUUGAUGUGUCAAAGCUGCCCUCUGAAGAGUUUGCUGCAUCGCUGGGGCUGCCCAUGACGCCAGUCAUACGCUUUCUUAAGCAACAGAAGGGCAAAGCAGCAACCAAAGAGAAGACUUCUCCUUUGGAUCUCCAAAAGGAAUCUGCAGGAGAAAAUCAAGAUGUGCUGGUGGCUGUUCCUAGGAGAGCUCAAGAGGCUGCCGUAUCAGAGGAGUCGGGAGAUGAGAUUCUCCUACAGAAGGAGGCUCCAGAGGCGGAUGGGGAAGAUCUCCCCGAUGGGUAUUAUCUCUUUUUCCAUGAUCUUUCUUUGUUCUUUACUGUGAUGCUGGGAUUUCUUUGUGCUUCUUUGACCUGGUUCUCCUGUUCGUCGGUGGUGCAGCCUUCCAACCAGAGUCAUGAAGAAGAAGAAGAAGCUCAAGAUCAAUGUGCAUCGGCCCAUUGGAACGAGGUUUGUCUUCGAUGAAGAGGGCAACUCGCUUCCCCCACUGGCCGCUCUUGCAGAUACAAGCGGUACAGGCGGCACAUUCCAUUUUGACAAGGACGAAGGUACUCCAUCUCCAUUCCAUCUGAUCUAUUUCUAUUUCUGUCUUAACCCCUCAACAUAAAGACUUACAGGAUAUCUGAUUAAUUUCUUUUAGACGUAGAUUCCCAUUAUUAAAGUAUUGCUUGAAUGCAGCCGCCAUGCAUGAAAGUGAUGGUGGGUUUGACAUAUAUUUAGUGGGCUGACUACUACUACUAAUGAUGAUGAUGAUGAUGAUGAUGAUGAUGAUGAUGAUGAUGAUGACGAUGAUGAUGAUGAUAAUGAUGGUGCUUAAAAGGGAAAGAUGUGGGAAAUUAUCAGGCUUGACCAACUCUCAUUCACCUUUUGUCCACUCUACCAGUGGAAGGCCGAUUCAAGAAGCUGAAGGAAGAGAUGAAGAGGCAUGACAAAGAGGACAAGCUUCUGCAUAAGCAGCGGCUGCGGGAGAAGCGAACGAAGGAGAAGAUGAAAUUAAAGCAACGGAGAGAGGAGGAUGAAGAGGAAGAAGAAGAAGGGCUUUCGGGCUCAGACAGUGAUGUUGGCGGCCAAAACACCAAGCGGCACAAGAUUUACUUUGACUCCGACAGUGAUGAGGGAAGCAGGAAGCUGCCAAGAGGGGGUUCGGAUUUUGCCCCUGAAAUGUCUAUAGAUGCCCAGGUGGACCUGGCCCUCCAACUCCUGAACAACAUGAACUCAUAA